UUGAAGCAUCUUGACCAGAACAAGAGUCUGUAAACUGAAACCAUCAUGGCUGCAUCUGAUGGGUUUCCUGCCAGUUUCUAUGGGGAACCAGGAGUUUUAGGCAUGUUGUCAAAUGGGAUCAGUGCAUUCCUUGUACUUCUACAGAACUUCAACACAGCUCACAAUGGCUACGCUCCAGUUGGAGUAGAGAACGUUCUCGCAGGUGUACAUCUCAUCCUGAUUGGCGGUGUAUGCCAGCUGGUGGCUGGCCUGCUCUCCUUCCGUAAAUACGACCAUCUGAGCGGCACCGCCUUCAUUGGCUACUCUGCUCUUUGGGCUAGUUAUGGUGCAACUAGAAUCUACUAUGGUGCCCUGCCUGAAAAUCCAAAUAUGACAUUAAUAAUAGAUCCGAUGAUGAGCAACGUGUCUCUUAAUAACUCCACGCAGUGCUAUUUAUGUUUGUCCAUGAAGGAGUCAGCAAUCGCUGGUCUGGUCCCCUACAUCAUCCUGUCCUUUCUUCUUGCAUUUUGCUCUGCCACGGUCAACUACAUCAUGCCUUUUGUCUUUGGAGCCAUCACAGCCACCUUGAUCUUUGAAGCAGUAGCUUUAGCUGCAUAUUCCUGGGCUCUGAUUGUCUCUGGGGUUCUGGAGUUGCUCAUUUUGAUCUUUGCUAUCUAUGGUUCAGCGGCUCUUCUCAUCAAAGGCCUGACUCAACGUCUAGCCCUGAAAGGUUUUGGUACCCCACUCUUUAAUGUUCUCUUACUAGGGACCCCCAACUCAGGAAAAGCUCAGAAUGGAGGCCAGGAGAAGAAGAAGAACACAAAAUAUGCAGAGCCAAUGGCUUUGGGUUUCUUCUGUGACUCCAUUUCUCCAUUCAUCUUUGCUUUCUACAGCUUUGGGUACAUGAAAUCAUUUGGUCUAGGUGUUGCCUGGGUAUCAAUCAUCUCAGUUGCUCAGUUGUUCUCCAGCUACUACGCCCACCUGCGUCAAGAUUGCUACCACACCACAAAGUUUGGGUUACACGCCACAUAUUGGCUGAUCAAAGCUUGGGAGGAGUUUGUUGUGUCUGUUUUAAUAGUGGAGGACAGUAAAGUUGUCUCUGGAAGGGAUGCAAUGGUAGGAGACUGGUUCUUUGUGGUGGCAGCCUUGGUGCUCUGUGUAGGGAGCCUGAACAUGGACGUCCUGGAAUUGAUCCAUAACUUGUUCUUUGUCCUGGUCACAAUCUCCACAGUCUCUCAGAUCCCCCUGCAGGGUUACUACAUCUUCUUUGGAGUAGCUUGUUCUCUCUUCACUGCAGUCUCAAUCUAUGGCACCUUCACCCGUCUCAUCAACACCAUUGCAGAAAAGUCUCUCAUACCUGUAGGACCACAACCAGUGUCUUCUGAGCAGCUGAUUAGGGUUUUGAGAUGUAGAAGGUCUAAACACGGAGAUCAGGAUGUGCUUCCCCCAGGCGAUCAGACCUCAGAUGCUCUGUUCUAUCUUUCAAAUGGGGUUGCAGCUUUGUCAGCUCUUCAUUCAAGAAGGAUGAGUAUGAACCCUUCUCUCCUGCACCUGACCAUCCCCUGGGUCCUGAUCUCUGGAGCUAUCAUCCAGGCCUACAUCAGCAGGUUGCAAGUCACAGGAGGCGGCCGCUUUGGGUCAGUCAUCUCUUCCAUCUAUGUUGUUGUCUGGGCAACAUGGACAUGGUUUAGAUUUGCAGGUAACCAGCUUCAGCUCUCAAUCGAGGCAGAUUAUGGUUUUACUGCAGGAGCCAUUGCCUUCCUUGUCAUCAACGCUUUCCUUAUGCUGAUUGCUGCUUAUAGAAACCUGGUUCUUCUGUUCCUGACAACACUGAUGGAGGUGGUUCUUGUUUGCUUCCUUCUCUCCACCCUGAACAAGCUGCCAUAUGAACUUGAAAUUGCUAUGCUUGCAUUGGUGUCUCUCAUUUGCAUAUAUGGCACUUUGGCGUCACUGAUAAACUUCAUGUUCUCACAAAGAGUGUUGCCAAUGGGCCCUCCUCUCUUUAAGGAAAAAAUGAAGUCAGAAAUAUCUGAGGAGCUUCCCUGUCCGGUGGCAAGCUCUCGCCUCACAAGUGGCCUCUUAAAAAUUGCUCAGCUCCUGGAAGAGGGAGGUGUGUGUGGUAUUCCCACAGACACUGUGUACGCUCUGGCGGCUUCCUGCAAGAAUCCCCAGGCUAUAGAGAAAAUCUACAACAUUAAGGACCGGCCAGCAGAGAAGCCUAUAUGCAUUUGCAUUUCUAGUGUAGAGCAGCUUGUGGCAGCCAAGCCUCCGUUCAGCCCUCUGCUGUGGGAGUUCAUGAGGAACGUUUAUCCAGGAGGCAUCAGCUGCAUCGUCAGCAAAGGAGACUGGCUACUUCAUCUUGGAGUUGGAGCAGCUUACGACCGCGUUGGCACCAGGGACAGCAUCAUGAUCCGUGUUCCUGACCACACGGUGACGUGCCACUUGUGUGACAUGACUGGACCCCUCGCUAUUACAUCUGCCAAUCCCAGUGGAGAACCAGACAGCACCCACCACAGUAUGAUCAUCAAUCGACUGGGGCACAAGAUCCAGGGGGUUCUCUGUGAUGGUGACUCAAAUGAAAUUAUUGGUUCCACUGUGGUCAACUGUCUGAGGAUUGAUGAAGGAAUCAUCAACAUUGUCAGGGAGGGCUGCGUUCCUGCAGCAAAGGUUCAGCAGAUCUUUGACAGAGUGAAAGGCACUAUGUUGUGAUUAUCAAUUUCUGAAAUGUUUUACUUUACUUUGACAAGUUUAACUACUUAGUUAUGUGUUUUUUCAGUUUCUAUGUAAACUUAUGUGAGUUUAAAGCAUAUUACAAUGAAAUAUUGGACAGCUGUUCUGCACUGUUGCUCCAAAAGAUGUUAAGCUAUGUAUAAAAUAUAUCCAAAAUAAAUAACUAAA